AUGAAAGAAGGCACCCCGGCCCCGGUCCCGGUCCAAGGCCCGGUCUCGGCCGCCUCGCCGUUAGAUACUGCCGCCGGACUGAAGACGUCACACUCACAUCUCGCCGGCCUGGCAACACAAACGCAAAAGACUCGGGCUGCACUGCUUGGGGCUGAUGGCGGUGAUAUCGUCGACACAAAACCAACACCUUUGACAAGCACAACAUCAAAAUGGAACACCAAAAACCUCGGCCUACGACUUGGUGCUGACCUCGUCAGUGCCGCUGCGGCAGCUGUGCUUGUUGCGCCUGUUAUCUCUAUUAUUGACCGCUCAAUUAUGGAGAAUGCCUCCGGCGCCGCCCCCCUCCUCACCUCCCUCCGCCGCUCCCUGCGCUCCCUUCUCUCCUCUCCCCGGUCCACCAUACUCUCCCGUCCCUUCGGCCUCAUCUUCCUCUUGUACGGCGGCACCUACCUAACCGCCAACACGCUGGACACGACCGUCGCCACUGUCCAAAACAACCCCAACCCAGCGCACGUCACCUCGGGCAGUUCCAAAUUCUUCGCCUCCUCCGCCGCCAACAUUGGUCUCUGCAUCUACAAAGACCAAGUCUUUGUCCGCCUCUUCGGCCCCCCCGGCGCUACACCCAGACCCGUGGGACUGCCAAGCUAUCUCCUGUUUGCGGCCAGGGAUUGCAUGACGAUUUUUGCCAGUUUCAAUGUUCCCCCUUUGCUUGGGCCGGUGUUGACGGAGAGGCUAAGCAAGGAUGCGCAGAAAUGGGUCAGUGGACAGACGAUGGCGCAGUUUGCGGCGCCGGCGGUGGUGCAGCUUUUCAGCACGCCCGUGCAUCUGUUGGGGUUGGACAUGUAUAAUCGCCCCUCGGGUGGUUCGGGAGCGGCGCCGAGUUGGAGAGAGAGGUGGUCGUUGGUUAAAAAGAAGUGGGCGGUUAGUGUGGCGGCGAGGAUAUGUAGGAUUGUGCCGGCUUUUGGUGUGGGUGGGGUCGUUAACAUGAAGGUUAGGAAGGGUUUGAUGGAGAGGUUGAGUUAGACG